AUGUGGAAUGACGAGGACAACAAUCCUUAUAGCUCCUUUGACCGCCAUGACUCUACCUCAUCAGCACCCCGCCAGAACCCCCAAACCCAUGGUUUCGAGCGCCCAUCUACUCCUACAUCCGAAGACGAAUCGCCCCCGAACGAGCCCCCAGAAUUCGUGUCAAGGCAACGGGACCUGAGUGACGAUGAGGAUGAAGAUGCCCAGCAAAGAGCUCCACGCAAGAAGGGAGGCUACGACAGUCGUAUCGAGCAGAUACUCUACGAGAAUCAGGACUUGCAGAUUCUUAUCACAGAUGCCGGGAAGAACCAUGAGAGUGGGGGAAGUUACAUUGCGUACACGAUAAGGACUGGGGAUCUCGAAGUUCGCAGGCGAUACUCCGAAUUUGCUUCUCUCAGAGCUACACUCGUUAAUCUACAUCCCACACUGAUCAUACCACCGAUCCCAGAGAAGCAUUCAAUGGCGGACUACGCGGCUAAGCCUACAAAAGCGAAAGAGGACACAAGCAUUAUAGAUCUGCGCAAGAGAAUGCUUGCCGUUUUUCUGAACCGAUGUCGGAAGAUGAACGAGGUCCGAGAAGACGGCGUGUGGUGGAGAUUCCUCGACCCGAAUGCUAGCUGGAAUGAGGUACUGCAUUCACACCCGGUAAACUCGAUACCGAAAAGUAUCAUGAAAGCGCCACCACUCAACCCCUCUAGCCCCACCCCUGCACAUCAAUGGCUUCCUGUCCCCUCUUCGUCAGCAAAAUUGAAGACGGCGUCUAAGACCUCCGCAACCGGUACACCAUCGUCUCCUCCUAUGCACUCUGGCAUGGCUUCUUCAGCAGCCCACACAGUCCCGGGUACUCAAGUCUUCGGCCGCUUCCCUCCCGCAUCUCAAAACCUCUCCGAACAGGAUCUUGACCCUUACUUUAACAAUUUCGAAUCCGCAACCAGGGACCUUGAACUUCUUUUACAGGGGAACAUCGAGAAAGUCAAUCGACGUACCCUCACACAUCUCUCGGCCCUCUCCACAGACAUGGCAGAACUCGGUGCGAGAUACAACGGUUUCUCGCUUUCUGAGCAGUCACCGACUGUCGCUGCUGCAAUAGAGCGGAUAGGGCAGGCUGUGGACUCCUCGUACAUUGCAACUGAAGAGUUGUCGUCUACCCUAGGCGCCAAUUUUGCAGAGCCAAUGCGUGAGAGCGCACAAUUUGCUGGAGUAGUCCGCGGAGUCUUGAGGUUCAGAAUAAUGAAAAGGAUACAGGAAGAGAUGACCAAGGAUGAGCUGGCAACGAAACAAAAUCUGCUUGAGUCCUUAGAGAAGAGCGAAUUAGAAGCCAAUAGGAUCGAACAGUAUCUUGCGAGUGGUGGCCAUACCGGCCCUCCGCCUAAGCGUUCCACUUCCUCAGCCUCUGCGCGGAGCAUUAAGUCCGAGGCGGGUACGAUCCAGCGACAAGAGGGCGAAGAUAGAGCAUCCAUAGACUCUGAUUUUCCGCCAACGCAUGGAGAACCAUCAUCAGCAUCGCAUGGCGCCCAGGGCCACGACCAGGCAUUGCCCUCGAGAUCGAAGAGCCAAAGCGGAGGAUUUGUAGCUAACAAAAUCUUCGGGAGGAUAAGUCAUACAUUCCAAGGCAUUGUUGACGUCGAUCCUGAACGGACCCGACGGGAUCAGAUAGGAAAGACUAGGGAGAGCUUGGUCCAUCUUGAACAAGCUCUCAGUGUGUCUGAUCAGGAUGUCAAAGACGCAAGCGCAGGUGUUUUGAAGGAUCUCAAGCGAUUCCAAAUGGAAAAGGAGGAUGAUCUCAAGCGCUAUAUGAUCGCAUAUGCUAGGUGCCACAUUGAUUGGGCCAAGAAGAACGUCGACACUUGGAAAGAAGCUAAAGAUGAGGUGGAAAAAAUAGAAGUCAGGUAG